UUUUGUGGUAUAUAUUUUACGUUCUAUAGUUCUACGAUAUGUGCAUAGACAUUUUUGUAACUCUGAUUAUAAUCCUGUCCUAUGUUCAAUUUAAGCACAGCGCAGUAGCGUGUUUAAAUUCAAGAGCCUCGAAAUGAAACUUUGCUUUCUUUGAAUGAAGAUGACAAAACAAACAGAAAAAUUACGGGCAGAUUGAACAUUAACUAAAUACUCCACAGUAAAAAAUGAAGUUAUGAAAAGAGAAAUUUUUCAUUUUUUGACAACUUGCGAAUACAAUUAAAUAUUAAAGAAAAAAGUGUAGAGGACAGUGUUGUAAAGAAUCAAAUUUGCGUAAAAAAGUUUCGACACUAUAGCACUAUCUUCAACGGUUUUAGCCCUACAAACGAGAAUGUUUUAGUAUCGGAAACGUCAUAUUUAUGUAAUAAUUAUGGUGUAGCAGCUAUCUUGUAUUUUAUUGUUGCUCAUUCUUUCCAUUUUUAAUAUAACUCGACUUGUUAUCUUAAAUUUUCAGCCGCAAUUAAAACACUUAAUUUUUCAAUAAAAAUCCAAUCACAAUCAGCACUUUUCAUUCGAGACCGGCCGGCUCCGGAGCUGAUGACGUUCCGGAUUACCGCAACAUUAGUGUGUAAUCCUCGCACUAGAUGGCUCUCGCGGCUGUAUUUAAAGCACUGUGCAAAUUUAUAUUUCCCUCAUGUAUGCUUUGUACAUAAUAUAAAGUACACUGUUUAUAUUUACCGAGCAAUAUCGGCAUGUAGACUCGGUGCAUCUAUUCAAUUUUGCCGGGUUUUUUCACUCCAAUCAUCGGUCGACGUAUUUACCACCGUUUACCGCUAAAAUAUGCCGAUGGCAAAAAUUGAAAAUUCGCAGCGAGAGGCCGUGUUUAAUUAUUUAGCGUCGCGACGCCUGAUAAAAAAAGACCGACACCAUUCUUUCGUCACGCGGUGUUUGCUUUGAGCUCGACGUAUUUGCAGGCGCGAUCAAAUGGGCGUAAUGAUCUUUUUUAACCUGGAAGUGCGUGAUUUAUUCCGCUGUUUGACCAGCACGGAGCUCGAUUUAUCGGUCUUGAGAGCUUGAAUCCAGGGGUUUCGUAUAAUAUGUAUGUUUAAUUUAGGUAUUCCCGAAUGGAAUAACCAGUCAAGGAUUAUUCUCAGGCCGCUGGGCACAAUCCAAGGGAUCCAAGAACAUGCACUAAAUUCUAUAAAAACAUUGUAAGACAAUGUAUAUUGUUUUUUUCUAUAGUAUUUUCUACCAGUGUUAUCGCUUAUACUUUAAGGGUGUUUCUUAAAAUCCGUUUUUUUUUGUGGAAAAGUUAAAUUCUCUAUGGUUAUACUUAAUUUUUAAUAAAUUUAUCUGUAUAUUGCUACCAUUUAAAUGAGUAUUUAUCAUUUUUUCGAAUAUUUUUUGUAUGAUAUAAGAAAAAUAAGUUUGUUUGGACUACGUUUGGACUAAUCCGUUUUUUUCAUUUGUCCAAUCUUCAUAUGAUGCCUCUCUUUGUUACCGCGAGUCGUGCUAAUUAAUUCUGGGCGGGAUUUUAUUUUUAUGCCGAAAUUCGCUUCAGCAAAUGUGCGGGGACACGUAAAAGCGAGAUCACAUUAGCAUAUUCGUUUAUUGUGGCAAAUAAAAGGUAUACAGAACGUAACUGUUGGUUGUGUUUCUUGUCCAGGUAGAAAACCUGACUGAUACGUUAAGUGGUGGUCCUUUCAACAUCACGUCAAAUAAACCUACGGAAGUAACACCAUUUAACCACUGUUUAGUGCGGUUUCGCGCUUUUAGUAACUCGGCCACCCACAAAGUUUACCUGUGCUGUAAUUUUCUGAAUGAGUGUUGACCCAUUUUUCGUUUUUCUCCCACCAGUGGGUAUCGUACCAGUAAAUAACUCAGUGAAAACAAUUAGGGUAAUUUAUUAGCAAUUAGUAAUUUAAUUAACGAGUUUGUGGUAAGCUAAGUAAUAAUCAUGUUGUCUGUUUCCAACAAUUCUGUUUUGUUGCUGAAUAAUUAUUAAAAUUAUUCAAAUUGAUCAGGAGUAUUUAUUUAUUAAGUUUACUGAUAGUUAUUUGGAACAGUAUUUUUUGAAUUUUUCUCAAUUCUGAAAUAAUCAAUGGUGAUUAUAGCCGUCGCGUUGAUUUUUACUCUUUCAAUUCCCUUUGAUUAUAACCAUCCAGCAAGUGUUGUUCCAAGCUAGUGUAUGACGACAGUACACUCCUCCAGCGACAUUCGAUACGGGCCUUGGUGGCAUGGCUACGCAAACAACAAGAUUGCCCUAAUGGAAGCUCCAGUCGCAGUUUGAGGGGUUAACCUCCGCGCCCAUCCAGGAUUAUUAUUCAGCCCAUUACGGCAAUUAAGCGGUCAAAGCGAAAGGAGUGUAAUUCCAUUGGUCGGUCUGAAAUUGGAUCAACCUCAACAUCAAAUAAAAUGAAAUAUUGUUUGUGUGGGUUGUUCAUACCUGUAGUUUUUUCAGUGUUUUUAUUUUUGGAUUCAGCAUUCGUGCUCAGAAAUCUGAUAUGGCCAUCUAAGCGACCAUCCAUCCAUCCACUAUACUUGAUGAGAACAUCUACUUCUCCGAGCAAAUAUUGACAGAGUGCUGUCCACGUACUCUCGGCCUGGGAAAUCUUAAUAAAAUCAAUAACGGCCAUGAUUGUGCCACGAAAAUAAUCAAGGGAUGGGGGCACGUAUGUGCCUCAACUGAUACAUCAAUAAUUGAUUUUCAUUUCUAUUAACUUUUUUAAAGACGUUAAGAAAAAUCAAUAAGUGCUUACGUUUCUGUGGUAACACUGUCAAACAUAACUCAAUUGCGUAAAAUUUUGCAAGAAUGGAAAAACACGGUGUUGUUCCUGAUGUUCUUUCUGUUGUUCCGAAACAGGUUGUCGAUGUUACUUAUGCAAAAGGUGUGAAAGUCGAGCUGGGGAAUACUCUAACUCCCACGCAAGUCAAAGACCCACCAACUGUCAAAUGGGAGUCUGAAAGUGACGCAUUUUAUACUCUUUGUAUGACAGAUCCCGAUGCUCCCAGUCGGAAAGAUCCCAAGUUUCGGGAAUGGCAUCAUUGGCUCGUCGUAAACAUUCCGGGUGAUAGUAUUGAAAAAGGGGAAGUUCUUUCGGGAUACAUAGGAUCAGGACCUCCAAAAGGGUCAGGAUUGCAUCGUUACGUUUUGGUAAUUUACAAGCAAAAGGGGAAGAUUAGUUGCAAUGAAAAGCGUUUGCCUAGCACUUCGGGAGAUGGACGCGGGAAGUUUUCUAUUAAGAAAUUUGCAGAAAAGUAUCAGUUGGGGGAGCCCCUGGCUGGGAAUUUUUUCCAAGCCGAAUGGGACGAUUAUGUCCCGACUUUGUACAAGAAGUUGGGAAUGUAGUUUUUGUUGUAAUAUCUUGGUUAAUAAAGUGAAAUUAGUUUUAUAAAUGUUUUUUUUUUCCUUAAGUAAGCAUUGAAGAAUGACUACCAUCCCCAUUUUCUAAACUUAAAAUGCAAAGAAAAGAUUGUAGAGUUUAAAAAAUAGACAAACGAAAAACCGUUGCAUGAAUGCUUCCAAAAUAAAUGUGAAGAUAUUUUAAGACACCUCGAAAAAGUUUAAGUAAAAAUAAUUGAACAUAUCGAGGAAAAGAAAAUGUAAAGAAAAUAAAUCUAAGAAUAAAAAGCUAUGUACUUAAUUUACAAAUAAUAAUUAACAAAAUUAUUAACAAGUCGCUUUGGGUGAUUUGCUAGAUUAAAUGAGGUUAAGAUAGUGGCACAGUAAGAGAUAGAGAGAGGGUGUUUUACCUAUGUAAAAAACUUCUGGCACUCAUUUAAACGUUAUUUCAAAAGACGAUUUUUCAUAGUAUGUACAGUCAGUGAUGCAAAAACAGUGUCACAAAGAGCGUUUUGCAUACAGACUUACACAAAAAAAUUUCAAAAAUUUAUUUCUUGCAUUUUUACAAUGUUUUUGCAUUUUUCUAAGAGUAGGUAUAAAUGGUUCAAUUUAAAGUUUUUAAUUUUUUCGAUUUUGGUCGAAAUUUUGAGCGAAUUUUGCUACCCGGAGCGGUUUAUUCCAGAAACGGAAUUAUUGACGUUGCAGUUAUUGCUGCUUGCAGUUUUCUCGACGUCCUUCGAUUUUUCGGAACAUCUUACAUAUGUUUAUAUGUAUGCAUAUAAAAACAUUUAAUUCUCUCGCUGUGCCGCUGGAUUAAGAAAGGAAAGAUCAAAAGGGAAUUAUUUUGCUUUUUAGUUCUUAUUA